AUGGAGCUCUCAGGCCCCAGCAACGCGAAGAGGGGGGGGCUGCUGCGGGUCAGCCAAGACCCCAACAUGUACCGCACCAGCUACAACGACAUGUGUCAGGGGCGGGAAGUGAGUGUGCAGAGCGACUUCCCUUCGGGCUACGGGGGCCACGUGCCUGUGGUGGGGCAUCAGCUGCUGUUUAAAAACUGCAAAGAAGUUUUGGAAAUAAAAAAAAGAGAAAAAGAUCCUUCAAGAGAUUCUUUCGGGGGCUUCGAGGCCAACAAAAUGGGCUACCCCUACCUCACAAAAGGAGCCAAGGGGCCCCCUGGGGCCCCACAGGGACGGACCCUCCUGGAGCACUACAGGGGCCUCCCAGGCCCCCGCAGGGGCCCCCCUGGGGCCCCAGAAGGGCCUCGCAGGUGCCUUUGGGAAAUUCUGGCUUUUGGGGUCUUUGUGGGGCCCCAAAGAAGAGCCACAGGGGCCCCUAAUGGAGUCCCUUGUGAGCCCGAGAGGGGCGCCUGUGGCUCCAGUUGUGCGGGCCCCUGUGGGGCCCUAAAAGGAUCUAGAGGGGGCCCCUUGAGGCCCUGGUUUGAAGAGUUUUUUGGGGCCCCUGUGGGCGCCUUUGCAAGCACCGAGGCCCUUCUGGGGCCCCCAAAUUCAGAACAGCAAUUAAGAAGGACUUUCGGGGUCUCAGGGGCCCCCGCUGCUGCCCUGAGAGGUCCAUGGGAGGGGUUCCCUGUAGAGCCAACUAGGGGGCCCCACAGAGGCUCCACAGGGGCCCCCAGGGCCUCCUACAGAGGCCCCACAGAGACUCCACAGGGGCCCCACAGGGGCCCCAUGUUGGCCCUACAGGGACCCCAUAGAGGCCCCACAGGGGCCCCUAGGGACACCAAAGGGGCCCCACAGGGGCCCCACAGGGGCCCCACAGGGGCCUCAGUUAGGGGCCCCUGGGGCUCUAAAGGGCAAAGGCCUAGGGGCCCCCAAAGGGCCCAGGGGCCCCUCAAGAACCCAGGGGCCCCUCAAAAACCCAGGGGCCCCUCAGGGGCCCCCCAGGGGCCCCUGG